AUGAGAGAUACAAACAACCACAAGUACACAUAUAUUUCUACGUCUAUUUGGGCGUGAAAAAAUGUAUUCGUACAAGUUUUCAACCUAUAAAAACUAAUAGACGACAGCUUUUAGUUAACACACAGUUUUAGAGCUUCUAGUCGUUCAGAACCAAACAAAAAUCAAAAUGAAAUUCAUCAUUGUAUUCGCUGCCCUCUUCGCCGUUGCCUUGGCUGCUCCCCGUCCUGAAGAUGCCGUCGUCUUGAAAUCCGAAUCCGAAGUUGGACCCGAAUCCUUCCAAUAUGCUUAUGCUACCAGCGAUGGUGUUGAAGCUGAAGCUCAAGGUCAAUUGAAGAACGUUGGUACUGAUGAAGAAGCUAUCGUCGUCAAGGGCUCUUUCUCCUUCGUUGCUGAUGAUGGUCAAACCUACACCGUCAACUAUGUUGCUGAUGAAAACGGUUUCCAACCCCAAGGUGCUCAUUUGCCCGUUGCCCCUGAAGCUUAAGUUGUGAUUGUUAUUUAUUAAUAAAUAUUUGUUUAUUUGACGAAAAAAAAAAGAAAA